GCGGAGGAGGAGGCCGGGUUGUGACCCAUGGUGGCUCCUGAGUGAGGAGGGGAGCGGGCAGGUCGGGUCGGGGCCAUGGAGCACAUCACCACCCCGAAGGUAGAAAAUGUCAAAUUACUAGAUCGUUAUACCAAUAGGAAGCCAGCAAAUGGGACGUUAUACCUGACAGCUACCCAUCUGAUCUAUGUGGAUGCUUCAGCUGAAGUCCGAAAAGAAACCUGGAUUCUACAUCAUCAUAUAGCUACUGUGGAGAAGUUGCCUCUGACCACAUCUGGAUGCCCAUUGCUUAUUCACUGCAAGAACUUCCGUGUGGCACACUUUGUCAUGGGACAUGAACGGGAUUGCCAUGAAGUGUAUACAUCCUUGCUUAAACUUUCACAGCCAGUGAAACCUGAAGAACUUUAUGCAUUUUCUUAUAACCCCAAAAUGCCAAAAGAUAACCGGGAGAUUGGAUGGAAGUUGAUUGAUUUAAAAGUAGAUUAUCAGCGUAUGGGAAUUCCAAAUGACUUCUGGGAAAUAACGGAUGCUAAUAAAGACUAUGAGGUCUGCAACACAUACCCUCCAGAAAUAGUGGUGCCAAAGGCUGCUAAUAAAGCAACUGUGCUUGGAAGUUCAAAGUUCAGAAGCAGAGGGCGCAUCCCAGUGCUUUCCUAUCUUUACAAAGAAAACAAUGCUGCCAUAUGUCGCUGUAGCCAGCCUCUCUCUGGGUUCAGUGCUCGCUGUCUGGAGGAUGAACAGAUGCUGCAGGCAAUUAGACAAGCCAACCCGGGGAGUCCCUUCAUGUAUGUUGUAGACACAAGGCCAAAGUUAAAUGCCAUGGCAAACCGAGCUGCUGGUAAGGGUUAUGAGAAUGAAGAUAACUAUGACAACAUUCGCUUUAAAUUCAUCGGCAUAGAGAACAUCCACGUGAUGCGGAGCAGCUUGCAGAAACUCUUGGAAGUGUGUGAAACAAAAUCUCCCUCAAUGAGUGACUUCCUUACUGGCCUGGAGAACUCAGGCUGGUUACGGCACAUUAAAGCUGUAAUGGAUGCUGGAGUCUUUCUUGCUAAGGCAGUGAAAGAAGAAAAAGCCAGUGUCUUAGUCCACUGCUCAGAUGGGUGGGAUCGUACAGCUCAAGUCUGUUCACUGGCUAGCCUCCUCUUAGAUCCGUUUUAUAGAACAUUUAAAGGACUCAUGGUUCUAAUAGAAAAGGAAUGGAUUGCGAUGGGCCACAAGUUCUCACACAGGUGUGGCCAUCUGGAUGGUGACCUAAAGGAAGUGUCCCCUGUCUUCACUCAGUUCACUGAAUGUGUCUGGCAGCUCAUGCAGCAGUUUCCCUGUGCAUUUGAAUUCAAUGAGCGGUUCCUUCUCGAAAUCCAUGACCACGUCUACUCCUGCCAGUUUGGCAACUUCCUUGGGACUUGCCAUAGGGAACGGGAGGCUCUGAAGAUUUUUGAGAAGACCCAUUCCCUGUGGCCUUUCCUAUUACAGAAGAAGCAGGAGUUCAGGAAUCCUCUGUAUAAGGGAUUCACCGCUUACAAGGAGCUUAAGCCAAACACUCUACCUUUCAGUUUCCAGUUCUGGUGUGGAAUGUAUAACCGCUUUGACAAAGGGAUGCAUCCAAAGCAGUGUGUGUUGGACCAUCUCCUCAACUGCAUGAGCCAGAAGAUGAAGUUGGAGGACAGUGCAACUGACCUGGAAAACAAGCUGCCCUUCCUAGAUGGUACCCUGCCAGAUGAAGUUUGCUCCUUAUCUAAAAUUGUAAAUGCCUCAGUUGAGUCUUCGAAAACCCCAAUGCUGAACACUCCCCAGGAUUACGAAAGUGAACCACCUGCUCUGUUGACCAAUGGUGCCAUAGUGGAGGAAGUCGACAUCAUGCCUAGUCGGGACCAAAAGAACAAAGAGAACUUUGUUAAUCAUCAUGACCUUCCUGACCUUCACAGCACCAUGGAAGUUAUAGAAUCAGAUGCUAAAAAAGAAAAGCUGCAGUACCAGUGAUUAUCUCUUAUAGUGUACUCUGUGUGAGCCAUUCAAAUGUGGUAGUAAGGUAUGCAAAAUCUGUGCCCUGUGAAGGCAUAGCUGCCCUGACCGUGUACAACCAAGUGUUAGUGUGUGUGUGUGUGGAGGGGCUGUUCUUUGUGAGGUGUGUGAACAAUCUAGAGAAGGGAUUUUACCUUUUAGUUUGGGUUGCAUCACCACAGAUUAAAAGAUGAAUGUGCAUGCAGAACUGCCUAGAAGGCUACCUUGACUGAGAGUAUAAACCUCAUUUUCCAGUGAAAUUGUGGUCUCUCCUACCAGGUUUUAAAGAUGACUUCUAUUACUGGGUUUUCAGAGUAUAAAGAUGCUUUUGGUCACUUUGAUAUGGAGGGUUAAAAGCCACACAGUAUUUAUAAUGGGUAGGAGAGAUGUGAUUUGUGUUUUGGCAAUGAAAGGAUGUAAAUGCCAUUUUAGUUCACCUUAAAACGUGAAUAUGCUGAAAAGGCUUUUCUUAGCUGUUUAAUGAUGCUCUGCAUGGAAUCCUACACUGUAGCAGAGGCUGAUUAAUUAUUUUCAUUUCCUAUGCACAUUUGUAAGGAACUGUGCCUUUUUUUUAAUUGAGACCAUCUUAAUAUCCAACCACGGCAAUGUAAUUUUUAUUAUUGUAAUAUGCAGCUGUAGUAUGUGAUUAUUUUGUGGUCACUGUUUUUAAAACUCUGUUUUGUAUAUGUCACUGCUGCCAACUUCCCUAGGGUCUCAGAUGGUCACCUGAGUCCCUAGCUUUUCUUUUCUGCAACAUGUCUAAGAAUAUCCUAUUCCGAUUUGAUUUAAUGUUCUUGAGCCACACAAAAACAUACUACAGUAUUUGCAUUUGACAGUGGUGAAGAAGUUUUCCCUAAAAUUCUGCGAGUUACAAACCAGAAAGGAGGGAAAUGUUUAAAUUUACCCCAAACUUUUCUUGUUUUAUCCUGCCAACGUGGGUCUUGCAACAAGGGGAUAACUUUUUGUUCUGACUUAGAAAUGUGCUUUCUCUCAAACCUAGAAACAAGGCAGAAACAACAAAUCCAAUGUAUUUCUGUUGUUAAAAACAAAGGCUAAAAAUGAUCGCCUCAUAGCACAUCUUAAGUGCCAAUUGAGAAUGUUAUCAUUGAUCUUAAAACAUUAAUGCUGACUUUGCAUUCCAUUUCCAGUGAAGACAUUCAAGCUCAUUUUCCCCCCCUCCUUUAAAACAAAACAAACAUUCCAUUAAUUUUAGUAACAGUUGCAGGUGCUCAACAUCUCUCACGAUCAGGUCCAUUAUACACAAAAUACCAUGUAGCAGCUCCCAUUCUGGUAAAGCCAAAGAGGGAUGACCCUACUGCUCAUAGUCUCCAUUUUUAUUGGCAUACCUUUCAGUAAUUUGCAUUCAGGCAACUUUUUAAAAAGAUUUUUGCUUUAGACCAUGAUAAUAAGCAGCACCUCUCAUGACAGUGGACUUUUUGAUUUUGUUAAAAAGGUGAAAAACUUUAUUGGGGAUUGUCAUCUUGUUGUUUGGGGGAAGGAAAGGAAAUCUCCCUGGGUUAUAAUUCUGGCUGAGUCAUGGACUCGCUGUGGUGUUUGCCAAGUACUUGACUUCCUUAAAUCUCAGUAAAUUCAACUGGAGAAAUAGGGUAAAAACACACAAACAAAAAAUCCAACAAGAAGAAGAAACAGGUGUUCCAUCAGUACUGAACUUUUCUGGGGAAAUAUAUUACGAAAAGGAAAAUAUCUGAGGUUUCCAACGGCCUUUUGUGUAUAGUCGUCCUGAAAAUAUUUCUGCUUCCUCUGGUUCAAGUUUUAGAGUUUAUACUAGAGACUAUCUGGUCUUAAAACCUAGUUUUAGACUUAUGGAAAACUAAUUCAAAUAGGAAUGUUUUCAAAGUUUUUAAAAAAAUAUAUUAUUUCAAUAAAUAGUUCAAACUUUCCCCUGUGGUAAUAUGAAAUGCAGCAGCCCUUGUUGUAGAGCAUACAACCCUGAAUAUGAAACUGACUACAGGCUGUUUGUAGUGUUCAAACUGAUCAGUGUGUGGAGACUGGGGGAGAAAAACUAUGUAAAUAGUAAGAAGGAAACUAGCUCUGGUUUUAUGCUGACUGUAUUACUCUCAGUAUCUCAUUUGCAGUUUGGGCAAGAAAAUAUCCUGUUAUGGGUUUGAUCAUAAUAUACUUAAUACAAAAAGAUGAAUGGUAGAGAAUUUUUAGUGUCUAAAAUGGCAAUGAGGACAAGCCUUUUUACGUCUUUUUUUCUUCAUUAGUAGAUUAUUCAGUUUUUAAAGCAAGCUAUUUUUAGUCUGAUUUCAAAAUAAAAACCUUUGUUUUCAGGAUAUGAGGGAGAUAAUUGCAUAGUAUCUAAACGGCUUAAACACUGUAAUAAGCACAUUGAAUACAGAACUCUGGUGAAAAGAUCUGUUAGGGACAAAAAAAAGCCACUCUUUUACACGUUAAGUUAUGGUAUACACCAGAAAUAUUGCAUCAUUUAAAUGAUUAUACAUUUAAUAUCUUGGUGUUAGUUUAACACUUCUAAAUGCAUUAUUUCUGUGGCAAUGAAUCCCACAUCUCAAGAGAAGAAAAUCCACUCUUGAAUCCCUCUGCCUUAAAGAGAAAAGGGCUCUGCCCAACUCCUAAAAUCAAAAUUAACCUGUAUGCUAACCUCUUUUUUCAUGCUUGCCGUGCUAACAUAAUUGUCUCAUGUUAAAAGGUGACACCUUUAAUCUUAGUCUGUUGGUCCAGAAUUCUAAGUGUAUGCGUGACUCAAAUACUUCUUUAGAUUCCAUGGAAAACUGUAUUUUAAUGGGAACUUCUUUUCCCUCUGCCUCUCUACAACAGUUUCCAUAAGAGAUCAAUUUCACACUGGCACUUUUUGCUAGUUGAGCCCUGCUCAAAAGAACCAAUAGGUGUAGCUUGGCUUUCCUUUCUGGACAGGAGCAGAAGUGUAUCAAACCCUAAACAAGCCUUCCUGAAACUGAGAACUUUUAAAUUGCAAAUGAGGCCAGUAGAGGUACUUUUCAGGACCAAUUAUUCA